AUUACGUUUCCCGCUGAAUGGCUUUUUUGGUGUGGUUUGCGUUAAUUGACUUUUAGCACUGAUUUAUUUAUCAUAACAGGAGGUGAAAUGUUAGUGAUACUUCAUGAAUAUUGAUCAUCUAAUGGAAGAUGUUAUAAAUAUUUGACAUAACUCUGUUUAUACGAUUUGUCUAUGGUGGAAAACUGUGAAAUAUUUCUUCUGAAUUAAUGGCAACAUUUGUUUCCAUCAUUGCCUGGAAUAUUUGCUAAAGUAUUUCACAUUCUGUUUGGAGCGGGAGAUAUCUGCAAAGGUGUUUGUAUCAUCUUCAGAUAUUGAUGAAGAUCAGAACUGCUGGAAAUAUAAGCAAUAGAAAUAUAUAAAAAAGGAAGCAAAAUUAUAUUUUGUGCUUGUAUACUAUAGAACAAUAAUGAAUCCUCAAGAGAUGGCAAAAGAAAGAGAAAAAUUAUCACACCAAUGUGAUAUGUGUAAAAAAACUUUUUCUAAUAAGGGAAAUCUCACUGUUCACAAAUUCAUUCAUGCAGGUAGGAAACCAUAUCACUGUGAUGUCUGUGGUAAAUCAUUCUCUCAGAAAAGUAACCUUACCUCUCACAAAUCCAUUCAUACAGGAGAGAAACCAUAUCAGUGUGAUAUCUGUGGUAAAUCAUUCUCUCAAAGGAGUGGCCUUUCUUAUCACAAAUCUGUUCAUACAGGUGAGAAACCAUAUCACUGUGAUAUUUGUGGUAAAUAAUUCUCUCAAAAAAGUCACCUUACCUAUCACAAAUCCAUUCAUACAGGAGAGAACCCACAUGACUGUGAUAUAUCUCAGAAGAUAGGCCUUACUAAACACAAAUACAUUCAUACAGGUGAGAAACCAUAUCACUGUGAUGUCUGUGGAAAAUCAUUCUCCC